AUGUCCCUCCACACCUCCUACCACGCCGACUCGGAUGCGGACGAUGAGUACGAGCGCAGUGUGAUUACUUCGCCGCAUCUGCAUGUCGACUGCGAGUCUUCUCCCACGGACUCCGACAUCAACUCCGCAGAACACACGCCGACUAAAUUUGGACACCCGAUGGAUGGCCCUCGCUCUCCGCGAACACUCAUCACAGACUGGGGGAUCGAUGAAUGCAAAGAUUUUCUGACCUCGCUCGGAUUGCUUCAAUAUCACGGCGCAUUUCGAGAAAACGCGAUUGUUGGUGAAGCUUUGAUUGCCCUAAAGCACGAUGAGCUGAAGGAAAUGGGUAUCAACAGCGUGGGGCAUCGACUCACGAUCUUGAAAAGCGUGUAUGAAAUCAAAGUCAAACAGCUUAUUCCCCUCGAUGCAGAUCAUUAUAUUCCACUUUCAGCGGAGCAGGGUGUUAAUGAAACCGCAACACAGCAGGAUCUCGCGCGUUUGAUCAGAUCUAUCCAGGUUCGAGAUGAAAAGCUCAGUUUGGUUGAGACAGAGCUGCGUCGGAUCACGGAGGAUUACCGACGAUUGCGCGAAGAGAUUCUCCCAGUGAUCAAAUUCGCAAAAGACCGCUCACAUCCAUUACCUCCUCCUUCAUCAGGAGCCCAACCUUCAGAAAACUGGACAGACAGCACGGCCACACUUACCGCAAACCCCCCACCCAUAGUCCCCGAGAUGUCUUCAUCAUCGAAAAUUGCGCGAGCUUUCUCCAAGCGCAUUGGUGCAAGCACCAAAAACAAUUCGCCAACUCACAUCCCACCUAUGGUCUAUGAAGGGCGAUCUCACCACGACACCUUGAAUCCCUCAACCGCCGCCUCUUCCCAUCUAUCAAAUCCAAUGAAUGGAGGGUCACAACUAUCACCUGGAAUUCCUUCGCCAACUUCACCUCACCAUCACCAUCACGCUCAUCCUCAGACACUCAAUCCACGAGCAUAUUCCCAACCAACAUCCAAUGUGAAUCGCAAUACCGCAUAUGACUAUGCCGAACAAACGCCUACAAUACAUUCCCGGGGAGACCGGCUCACCCCGAACCAGCUAUCAUCAUCCCGCGCUGAGACACCAUCAACUGCAUCGCGACUUGACCCACGACUCGACAGGUCCGACUCGCGGGCUGGUGGGAGCGGAGGUGGAAACGGAGGCGGCAGUGAGAACCCAAAUAGCGUGGAGAUCUUCAAAUCAUUCCGAGUCUCUUGGGAAGAUCCCUGCUACAAGGUCCUCCCAGCUGCACUUAAGAAGUACAACAUCAAUUCUGAUUGGAAGAACUACGCCCUUUAUAUCGUGUAUGGAGACCAAGAGCGUUGCUUGGAAUUGCAAGAGAAACCGCUGCUUUUGUUCAAGCAGCUCGAAAAGGAAGGACGGAAACCAAUGUUCAUGUUGCGAAAGAUCCACAUGGACAAUCCCGGAACCACUCCAGGACCUAGCAUGUCAGCGCCCAACAGCGCAGGCUUCGACGGCGGCCGACAAGGACAAAUCAAUCUACCUGGCGGCGUGUUGUGA